AUGAUCGCAGCAUUAGUAAAUAAAGGGCAAAGUCGUCAAGCAAUAGCCCUGUUAUUCAACGAGCUUCAGAAGACAGGACUCAAAAUCACUGACUUCAUUUUCUCCCCAAUCCUGAGAGCUUGUGGAAAAAUUACUGCUGUAAAAGAAGGAGAACAAGUUCAUUGCUUGAUACUGAAACAUGGGUUCAGCAGAGACGUGAUUAUAAUGACUUCAGUCAUCGACAUGUACUCAAAAUGCAGCGCUAUUAAUGAUGCAUACCACGUGUUUGGUGAAAUGCCUGAGAGAGAUAUUGUGGCAACCAAUAGCCUUAUUUACGGGCUGUGCCGGUGUCACUUCACGUCAAAGGCCAUUGAAAUGUUUAAUAACAUGGAUGAACGAAAUAAGGGAUCUUGGAAUUCAUUAAUUUCAGGGCUUGCACAGAAUUCAAAGGAAAGUAUUGCAUUGGCGUUCUUUGAGAGAAUGAGGUUAGAGGGAGCAAAGGUUGAUGUUAUCACCAUGGUGAGUGUUCUUUCCAUUUGUGCUGAGCUUGCAGCAUUAAUCAACGGUACAAAGAUUCAUGGGUUAGUGAUUAAAUAUGGGUUCGAGUUUUAUUUACCUGUUGGAAAUGCAAUUGUUGACAUGUAUGCUAAAUGUGGGAGUAUGGAGAAUGCUUGUUUGUGUUUUAAGCAGUUAGCAAUUAAGAAUGUGGUUUCUUGGACUACCUUGAUUGUGAGUUAUGGAAAACAUGGACAAGGAGUUGAAGCUCUUAAGGCAUUAGAUGCAAUGGAGAGAGAUGGCGUUACGCCUAACAAGAUCACAUUCUUAGGUACCUUAUAUGCAUGUAGUCAUGCAGGACUAGUACAAGAAGGGUGGAGGAUUUUCAACAAAAUGGUGUAUAACUACUCCAUAACACCCAUUAUGGAGCAUUAUACAUGCAUGGUGGAUCUACUUGCUCGAGCUGGUUGCCUCAGUGAGGCCUAUAAUUUCAUUGAAAAGAUGCCCAUAAAGCCAGAUGCCAGGCUUUUGACUGCAUUUCUUAGCUCUUGUUGCUCAUUCAUGAAUGUGGAGCUAGCAAGGAACGUCGGCGAUAGGCUACUGGAAUUAGAGCCAGAAGAAGCAGGAGCCUACAUGCUGCUGUCCAACUUCUAUGGGCUUGUAGGGGACUUGGAACGUGUAGCAAAUGUGAGGAGGUUAAUGCUAAAGCGAGGAAUAAGGAAACAGAAGGCACAUACAUGGGUUGAAAUUGAUAAGAAGGUCCACAGGUUCGAAUCAGGAGAUAGAUCCCAUCCUCUCAGCAAGCAAAUCUAUAGUUGCCUGCAUAAUGUGGUUAACAAGAUGAAGAAGAUUGGGUAUGUACCUAAUACCAGCAUGGUCAUGCAGAAUGUAGAUGAUGGUAGAAAGGAAGAGAUGGUUCUAAGUCAUAGUGAGAAACUGGCUAUUGGACUUGCAUUAAUCAGCACGGCCCCAGGGACUCGGAUUACCAUUGUUAAGAAUCUUAGAGUGUGCGUAGAUUGCCAUGUAGCAACAGCAUUGAUUUCAAAAAUUGAAGGUAGGGAAAUUGUUGCAAGAGAUGCUACCCGAUUUCAUCAUUUCAGAGAUGGAUAUUGCUCUUGCAGAAACCACUGGUGA